AAGCAGUGGACGAUGAUGAAGCUCGGUGCUACCAGGAUCUGCACAAGUGCCAGAUCUGUCAACGCCAGAGCCGGGUCCUCGCAUUAUCGUCUAAUCUGCCCAACCCGGAGCUUCCAUUCCAGCAUCUUGCGCUCGAAAGAGCAACUGGAUCCCCGCCUGGAAGACCUGGGAAAAGUUAUCCGUGAUGAAUACGCCGUGGUGCGGGAUAGUUAUGAUGCCCCUAAGAAUCCUGUUGUCCUGGCGCAUGGCCUCUUCGGGUUCGAUACGUUGCGCCUGGCCGGACGGUAUCUCCCUGGUGUCCAGUACUGGCGUGGGAUUACGGAGGCCCUGUCAAUGAAAGGGGUUGAGGUCAUCACCGCGACGGUUCCGCCGUCGGGAUCCAUUGAGAUGCGCGCCGAGGAGCUGGCGAAAGACAUCGCUGUUGGCGCGCGGGGGAAGAGUGUUAAUAUCAUUGCUCAUAGCAUGAGUGGACUGGAUUCCCGGUACAUGAUCAGUCGGUUGAAGCCUACAGAUUUCAAGGUGUUAUCCUUGACGACGAUAGCGACUCCCCACAGAGGGUCCUCGAUUGCGGAUUAUGCAUUCAGCCAAAUUGGAGGCGAUCGCUUAGCCCAGAUGUACUAUGCCCUGGAGCAACUGAAAGUCGAGACUGGGGCAUUUUCCCAGCUCACGCGCGAGUACAUGGAGAAUACGUUCAACCCCGCUACCCCUGACAUUGAGGAUGUGCGGUAUUUUUCCUACGGGGCGGCUAUGCAGCCGAAACUAUGGUCCGUCUUCCGCCUGUCCCACCGCAUCCUUCAGCAGAUCGAGGGCUACAAUGACGGGCUUGUCAGCGUGGCUAGUAGCCGGUGGGGAGGACCGCACGGCUACAAGGGCACGUUGGUCGACGUCAGCCACCUGGACCUGAUCAACUGGACCAACCGGUUGAAGUGGCUGGUUGGGGAGAUCACAGGCAACCGACGAAGAUUUAACGCGAUUGCGUUCUAUCUUGACAUCGCUGACAUGCUUGCCAAGGAAGGGCUGUGAAGGGAGAACCAUUGGGGAGAAACUCUGAUGCCUACUCCGUAUAUGCGAGGUUUGCAUUGGAAGCUUGGCCGCGCCCAACUCGUUGCGAAGAGACGGUAAUGGGCAGUGGAUGCGAUGCCCCAUCCGUGUUGAUCCACCUCUUUCGGGCUAUUUGCUCCUUUGGUCUGGAUCGAUCCAAGACGCCGUUUGGGGGAUACCUGAUUCCACGCGUUACCGGGCUGGUGAUAGAGGGUGGCGGUGCAAACCGGAUCCCCGUCGAACUUCUAUGGGUCCUAGUCAGAACAAGCCGAGAGUGGCUGAGCCAGAAACCCCGGACCCAGAAGAGAAUGGAAUAGACGGGAAAUGGAAUUCUUUCCAGUAUCCACCGACCGAGCCCUGCCACUGCUGAUCAUCCCUUUCUUCUGGGAAGUCAUUGGCUUGACGGUCAUCGUUGACGGUUCGUGCCUUAUCAUGUACGAUUUGGUCGUAUGACAUUUGUGUAUUGUACUUGUCUAGUGUGCUCUUUUUUUUCUAUGAUCGACAGCCUGAUUUUC